AUUUUUUAAACAGAACGAAUAUGUAUAUAAUUAUAUAUAAGGAAAAAAAAAAAAAAGGCAGGUAUUUAAAUACCCUUGGUAAAUUCAUGCAUGUAUACGGUGUCUUCCCCCCAGCCCGUUGGAUGCGUAGCAUCCAGGACACUAAAUGACAAAAACCUCAUUGAAAUGGUAGACAGGUCUUCUAGCAGCCCCCGGGAAAGCAGGUGGUUCGUUCUCUGGGUACGGGCUGCGUGUGCCGUGCUCAGAGGGUGUGUGAAGGGCCCGGGGCUGGGGCUGUGCUCGUGUCGCCGGGUCACUCCUGUUCCGAGCGAGCCGCGCCCCGGGCAGGCCCCGCUCCCCGCCCCGCUCCCCGUCCUGCACUGCCUUCUCCUCCCCUCUGCGACACCGACAGGAACCCUCCCGCUUUAUUUAUAAACGCGUGUUUUUAUACUUUUGGCUUUAGGUAAAGUAAUACUUGGUCUUUUUUUUUUUUUUUAAUUAUUAUUUGGGGAAAGAAUUUAAAAUUCCGUUUGUCGGGGUUUUUUUGUUGGGUUUUGUUUUUUUCUUUUUUUUUCUUUUUUUUUUUUUUUUUUUUUCUUUGCACUGUGAGGCUCCCCAGGGAGCUGUUUUUAACUCUGUAUCCAUUUGUACUUGGUGUCUUAAACCGUUUCAAUAAAAACGUGACCAUUUGUUACCGAGCUGCGGCCGCGGUUCGCUGUGGGUGUUCCGGGGGAAGGGGCGGGAGGCGGGGCCGGGCCGGCUGAGGCGGGGCCGGGCCGCGCAUGGCGGAGGGCGCGGCGCUGCGGGCCGUGAGGGGCUGCCUGGCCGCCUUCCCCAGGGAGGCCCGCGAGCUGGGCUGGCCGGAGUCCAUACCCUAUCUUGACCGCCCUCCGUCCCCGCUGGAGUUUUAUCGGGAGUGGGUGAGUCCGAAUAAACCCUGUAUAAUUCGCAACGCCAUCAGCCACUGGCCGGCUCUGAAGAAAUGGAACUCAGCGUACCUCAGGGAGGUGGUAGGUCCUAAGGUGGUGAGUGUGGCAGUGACACCAAAUGGUUAUGCAGAUGCAGUGUUCCAGGACCGUUUUGUCGUGCCAGAGGAGCGCCAAAUGCCUUUCAUGGACUUUUUGGAUAUUGUGGAGAAAAAAGUAGCCUCUCCCAACGUAUUCUAUGUGCAGAAGCAGUGUUCAAACCUCACUGAGGAGUUUCCUGAACUUGUCUGUGAUGUGCAGCCUGACAUACCAUGGAUGAGUGAGGCACUGGGGAAGAAGCCUGAUGCUGUGAAUUUCUGGCUUGGGGAGUCAGCUGCUGUGACAUCUUUACAUAAAGACCAUUAUGAGAACUUGUACUGUGUGAUAUCUGGAGAGAAAUAUUUUCUACUGCAUCCACCAAGUGACCGUCCCUUCAUCCCAUAUGAGCUCUAUCAGCCAGCAACCUACCACGUAUCAGAAGAUGGUUCAUUUGAAAUUGUGGAUGAGAAGACUGCAGAGAAGGUGCCUUGGAUCCCUCUGGACCCCUUGAAUCCAGAUCUAGAACUGUACCCAGAGUAUGCUCAGGCAAAACCUUUGCAGUGUACAGUGAAAGCUGGUGAGAUGUUAUAUCUGCCUUCUCUCUGGUUCCACCACGUUCAGCAAUCACAUGGCUGUAUUGCAGUGAAUUUUUGGUACGACAUGGAAUAUGACAUUAAGUACAGCUAUUAUCAACUACUGGACUGUCUCACAAAAACAGUGAAAAUGCUAUAUACCCGCCAAGAGCAAGUGACAGCUUGUGCCCGGGCAAGGUGCCACCCGAGCCGGGGAGCCUGGAGAGAGGCGGCUCUGAACUACGUCUCCCAGCAGCCCGUGCUGAAGGAAGCGGUCACGAUGAUCCCUGUGGACUUUGAGCAGAGCAGCUCCGUGCCGGCUGCGAUGGCGGCGCGGGUGUCCGUGCUGCCCUCCCGCAGGUGCCUGUUCGAUGAGCCGGUGCAGAUCCGUGUGGCCGGGCUGCGGCCCCUGCAGGCGGUCACGCUGCGAGCCAGCCUGCUGGACGAGAGCGGGGAGCUUUUCCAAGCCCACGCUCUCUACAGGGCUGGGAGCGGCGGGGAGCUGGACCUCGGCCGCUCCCCGGCGCUGGGGGGCAGCUAUUUGGGAGUGGAGCCCAUGGGGCUGCUCUGGGCUCUGCAGUCCAAAACGCCCCAUAAACGGCUGGCAAAGAGGAACGUCCUGACCCCUUUCUGUGUGGACUUGGAAGUGUAUGAGGGCCAUGGGGACAUGAGCCACUUGCUGGGAAAAUGCACCCAUGAACGAUGGUUUUUAGGAGAGGGAGUGAAGAGGAUUUCGGUCAGAGAAGGUCGUCUCAGAGCAACCCUCUUCCUCCCUCCUGGACCUGGCCCAUUCCCUGGACUUAUUGAUUUGUAUGGAUCUGGAGGAGGUCUUAUUGAAUACAGAGCAAGUCUCCUGGCUAGCAGAGGCUUUGUGACUCUGGCUCUUGCUUACAUGUCCUUUGAAGAUAUCCCUGCUAUGCCAGAGAUUCUUGAACUGAGUUAUUUUGAAGAGGCUGUGAACUUCUUGCGGAAGCAGCAGCAGGUGAAAGGUACUGGGAUUGGUGUUUUGGGCUUGUCUAAAGGAGGUGAUCUAGCCCUUUCCAUUGCCACAUUUCUACCUGGCAUCAAGGCAGCUGUCAGCAUAUCUGGAAGUUGUUUUAAUUCCUUCAUUCCCCUGAAGGGGGAUGGCUUCACUCUUCCUGUUCACCCAUAUGACUUGGGGAGGAUGAAGAUCAGUGAUGAGUCUGGACUAGUAGAUUUUUCAGAUGUCGUAGACGAUCACACGGACCCAGCAACCUGGAAUUGCCGCAUUCCUGUGGAGAAGUCCUUAGCCAAGUUCCUCUUCUUGUCUGGGCUGGAUGACAUGAACUGGAAAAGUGCCCUCUAUUGCCAGGAUGCUGUUCAGCGCCUUCAGCAGCACGGCCGGGAGGUGGAGUUUUACUCCUAUUCCGGAGCAGGGCACCUCUUGGAGCCACCAUACUUGCCUCUGUGCAAAGUUUCCAUCCACAGGAUUAAGUUUUGCCCCAUCCACAUGCUUUCUGUAAGAAUCAUACAAGCUAAGAACAUCAAGUCAAGAGACCUGUGGACAGUUCCACUUUCGUGCCAAAACCUUGCGGGGCAAUGUUAUUCACUGCUUGAUACCAGUCUGAAGUAUUUAGGCAUCUCGGGCUGCAGUGGAAAUCUUCCAUCAAGUCCUGACUCCAGCUCUGAGAGACAUCACCUUGGAGAUUUCCUUUCCCACCGUUGUCCAGCUUCACAAAUGACUUCAUCAGACUGCUAUGUAAGCUUGUGGCUGCCGUCUGCUUCACCUGGAAAGCUUCAGACCAAAACCGUCAAGAAUUCUGACAACCCUGUCUGGAAUGAGACUUUCUACUUUAGGAUCCAGAGAGAAGUUGAGAACAUUUUAGAAUUGGCAGUGUGUGAUGAAGAUUCACUCACCAAAGAUGACAUGCAGUUCACAGUUCUUUUCAAUGUCGCUAGAAUCAGACCUGGGGAGACAAUCCGUGAGACAUUUGCUUUGAAAUCAGAGACAGAGAGGUGCUCUAAGAAAUGGGAAAGCUUGGAAGUAGAAUUCUGGAUGGAAAGACUUCCUGGUCCUCCAGAGCAUCUCAUUACUAAUGAUGUCGUGGUGUCCCGUGAGGUUUGCUGCUUGGAAGUGCAUGUGGACAUUAAUGAAAGCAGGAAAUACUUGAGAGAGGGCAAAAAUCUCGUGCUGACAGUGCCUGCAUCUCAUGAGAGAACACAGAAGACAACAGAGGACACUGAUACUUUCUACUUCCAUUGUGUGAAGGCUUGGGAGCCAGUCCUAAAAGUCAGGCUGCAGAAAGUUUCUGAUAAGGAAGAUGACAACAGCAAUUUAAGUGACACCUUAACGGUACCACUGAAAUUUCUCCCUGUUGGACAUAAGGUGAAAGUAACCCUUCCUGUAAGACAGAAUGUGCCACUACAGUUGUACCUCCUACUAAAUAAUUGCACAGAAAAACUAGAUGUGCGCUUAGGGUAUGAUCUGUGCCAAGGAGAGCAAGAGUUCCUGCAGAAGAGGAAGAGGGUCGUGGCUGCUGCCCUGAAAAGGGUUCUUCAUCUGGAAAGAGAUCUACAUGGACAUGAGGUCCCAGUAAUAGCUGUUAUGGCAACAGGUGGAGGGCUCAGAGCAAUGUCAGCUAUGUUUGGCCACCUCUUGGCUCUCCAGAAGCUGAAUCUGCUGGACUGUGUCACCUAUCUCACCGGGGCUUCUGGCUCAACAUGGACCCUAGCAGACCUGUAUGAACAUGCUGACUGGUCACAGAAGUCUCUGGAGGAGCCACUUAAAGCAGUGAAAGAACAAGUGACAAAGUGCAAACUCAACCUUAUGUCUAUAGACCAUCUGAAGUAUUAUCACAAGGAACUUGCUGAAAGGGCAAAAGCAGGACAUGUGCCAUCUUUUACAACCCUGUGGUCACUUGUUCAGGAGAUGUUCUUACAUGAACGGCCAAGGAAGUACAAACUCACAGACCAGCGCAAGGCACUGGAGCAUGGACAAAACCCUCUGCCUUUCUAUGCAGUCCUCAAUGUGAAAGAGGAGAAGUUUGGUACUUUCAAAUUUAGGGAGUGGACAGAUUUCUCUCCUUAUGAAGUGGCCAUACCAAAAUAUGGAGUCUCCAUUCCUUCAGAGUAUUUUGACAGCGAGUUCUUCAUGGGAAGGCGAGUGAAGAAGCUGCCAGAAUCUCGGAUCUGCUAUCUGGAAGGUCUCUGGACAAACAUCUUUACUAGGAAUUUGCUGGAUGGCUUGUACUGGUCCUCCAAUUCAAAUGAAUUCUGGGAACGAUGGUCCCAAGAUAUGGUAGAUAUAGAAAAACAUUCUCCUGAGGAAGAUGUUACUGUUAUUGAGCCUCCAUCCUGUUUGUCAGGAAAGUUGUAUGAAAUGUUUCAGGACAUAAUGACCAAGCGUCCACUACUGGGAAAGUCACAUAACUUCCUGAGAGGCUUAGAGUUUCAUAAGGAUUAUAUCCAUCAGAAAAAAUUUAUUGAAUGGAAAGGGUGCCUGGAGGGAGUGGAAACAGGCCAGGUGUGCCAGAUGUGCAGUUUGAAGGGCAUGCUCCUGAGGCCAUGGUUGUGGGCUCACUUGUGGAGGGAGGUGACCCUGGUCUUGAGGGAAACCAAGGAGCUCCCUGUAGCAUGUAGCACAGACAGAAUUACUCACUCCUCCUUUCCUAAAAACACACCACUAACUAUAUUAAAAUGUUUUUCAGACACUGUGCUGGACGGUUUCCCCAACAAUCUGACACCCCUGCAGAAAUAUCUCUGUCUGAUAGAUGUUGGCUAUUUCAUCAACACCAGUGGUGCAGCACUUUUCAAGCCAGAGAGGAAUGUAGAUGUCAUAAUAUCCCUUGAUUAUGGUUUGGGGCAUGUGUUCAAGCAAUUAGAGAUGACAUACAAAUAUUGCAAAAUACAAAAUAUCCCAUUCCCCAAAGUGGAGCUGAGUCCAGAAGAAGAGAAGAACCCAAAGGAAUGUUACAUAUUUGCUGAUGCAGAGGACCCCAGAGCACCAAUAGUAAUCCACUUUCCCUUGGUGAAUGACACCUUUAAGGAGUUCAAGGAGCCAGGGGUAAAGCGUGGUCACUCAGAGAUGGAAGAAGGCAAAGUCAAUCUGGAGAACAACUGCUCACCAUACUACCUCAUCAGGCUAAUCUACUCCUCUGAGAACUUUGAUAAACUUGUGAACCUGAGCAAAUACAACAUCCUUAAUAACAAAGACCUGCUCCUCCAGGCGAUCAGGUGUGCUGUGGAACGAAAGAGAAGCAGAAGGACUGGGAAUUUCUCCAGCUAUUCUGGAUACCCCUAAGCUGGGUUUUUGCACUGUUCCCCACUGAAGGCUAUGGCAGCACAUUGCAGCACAUCACAGUCACAUUACAACACACAGUGUUCAUUAUUUGCAGAAAACUGAGGAAACCUGUACAUUUCUUACCUUCCGUGUUCAAGCUCCUAGCUUUCAAAAGGGUUUGUUUUAUCUCUUUUCCCCACAUUUUCAGCCCACAAGAGCCUUACAAUGCAUUCUUACUUAUUAAGAAAUUAGGGUCCUGGUUAGCAGAGAUGUCCCAGGAUCUCUUUGAUGUUACAGUAUAUGGUGGUGGUGGUAGUUCUAUGAGCCUGUCCCUUCAACACUGAGCCCAUUGUCGGUGUCCUUUCAAUACUUCAUUACAGAUCAAGUCCUGGCCAUUUGCAUUCAGUGAUGUCCAGAUUUUCAGAUAGGCUGAGCAACUAGAAUUUGCACUGGAUUGGUGGGCUCAGCUUUGAAGUCAGGCUGUAUAUGUGAACAGUGGCCAAACUGCAGUGUGGACAAUUGCACUCUGUCUGGCUGAUUCCCCUUGCUGUUUUAGAAAUUACUCCUUUUUUCCAUUCCCCUGCAAGAGUUUGGCAUAGAAAUGUUGCUCCAGACUGCCACAAAGGGGGCAGCUACAUUUCAAGAGAGAGAAUGGUAGCAGCAGUGAGUUCUUUUGAGCAGUGGCUGGAGGAAAAGUUCUUCAUGAAGCACAAGUGAUAGUAUUGGUUUAUAUCAGCAGUGCCUUUA